GUGGUGAACUCAGAACCAGCGCACGAGGAGAGAAACUGACGGCCAUGAACGGUAAGCAGCAGCACUUCCCCGUGCACGAGCCCAAGUACUGCGGCGUGCACGCGAGCUCGGAGGCCAUGCGGAGGGCGUGUCUUCCUGCACCGCAGUUGCAGACCAACAUAUUCGGUGCAUUUGAUGAGAGUCUGCUGGCGCGCGCAGAAGCUCUGGCGGCGGCCGAUCUCGCCAAGCCUCCCGCGACACCAUACCACGCCAUGAACGGCGGCGCGUGCGCCACAUCCGCUUCAUCUUCGUCCAUCUCUUCCACUUCCUCCCAUCAUCAUCACCACCACCAUCAUCAUCAUAACCAUCACCACCUGAGCCAGACGCUGGAGGGCGAGCUCCUCGAGCACUUGUCCUCCGCGCUGGCCGUGGGCAGCUUGGCACCGGAUCCGUCGGCUUUGGCCGCGCAAGCGCACCAGCAUCACCUUCCGGCCGUCGCGUGCCACCUGCACCAGGCCGCAGGCCACGCGGGUCUCCCGCACGCGCACCCUCACCUUCCGCUUCCCCUGCUUCCCGGCGGUGACGGAGACUCGGACCCGCGCGAGCUCGAGGCGUUCGCAGAGCGCUUCAAACAGCGGCGCAUCAAACUCGGCGUGACGCAGGCAGACGUGGGCUCGGCGCUCGCCAACCUCAAAAUCCCGGGAGUGGGCUCUCUCAGCCAGAGCACGAUCUGCCGGUUCGAGUCUCUCACGCUCUCGCACAACAACAUGAUCGCGCUGCGGCCGGUGUUGCAGGCGUGGCUGGACGAGGCCGAGGCGGCGCACCGCGACACGAGCGCGCGCACAGACCUGCUGCUGAACGGUAACGGAGAGCGCAAGCGAAAGCGCACAUCCAUCGCCGCGCCGGAGAAGCGCUCACUCGAGGCCUAUUUCGCCAUCCAGCCCCGGCCUUCUUCAGAGAAAAUCGCUGCCAUCGCCGAGAAGCUGGACCUGAAGAAGAACGUGGUCCGGGUUUGGUUCUGUAACCAGAGACAGAAACAGAAGAGGAUGAAAUACUCCGCGGCGCACUGACUCAACACUGACUCACAGGGAUUAUUAAACACUUGACACGUGCACAGGAACCUACGAGUUCUUCUGAUCAGGAACCAGAGCACUGGAACAGUACUUUUUUAUUUCCUCGUUCUCUAAAUGUAUUUUGCACAACAGUAAUGUCACAGGACUCUUCCUGCAGCUCCGCAUUUCACUUCUGUGGGUCUUAAAACAACAAGAUGCCAGUUUUAUUGCAGUUUUAUUGCAGUUUUAUUGCGCUUUUGAUUUUACAGCACUCUCAAAGGCGAAAGUAGCUUUAACACUUAUUUCAGUAUUAUUGCACAUUAUGUCUUGAAGUGUGUGUAAUUAUUUACUAUUAAUGCACCUGUACAUGAGCCGGAAGUAAAGCGCCAGACACUUCCUUUAAUGAAAAGUUGAAAUUCGAGGUUCUGAUGUUCGUCACUUCACUGAACGGUUCUGAAAUAAUAAAUCCUGCAAACCUGCGCGACAGAAAAACAGAAAUAAAGCUGCUAUUGAAUAGUUUUGUUGUGAUCGUAGCCACCUUCGCAGUCUCGGAGAAAUAUCCUGAGAUUUCACUUGAAAUGUGUGACUGAAUAUUUAAUAAAUCUUUUUUUUUUCUAA